UAAGACUUACCACAAAAAACCGAGGUGCCAGCUCACUCGAGCAACGUUUCUUUCUCACUAUUUGCAUUUCCCUCAUCAACCAUCGAAAUGGGUGGAAAACGAGCAGAAAGCCCUUCUUUCUUCAAGAUAUUGAUUGGUGAAGAAUUCACCCACAAACUAGGGAUCCCAAGAAAGUUUAUUAGGAAAGUAGAAGAUCUCUCCGAUGUUGCAGUGUUAAUGGUUCCUGAUAAUAACAUCUGGGAUAUAGGCUUAAGAAAAACUGAUGAUGGAAGAGUCUGGUUCCAGAAUGGUUGGCAGGAGUUUGUUGAAUAUUAUUCACUGCAUGAAGGGCAAAUUCUUCUAUUCAAGUACGAAGGAGAUUCAUACUUUUAUGUUGAUAUACUAGGUACGUUCGAGAUACAAUAUCCAUCUGGUUCACGCCAUUGUGAAGAGCCUAAUCUGGGCAGAAGGAGAUCAACCCACAGGGAAGAAGACGUAGAAGGAGAGGAUAUGGAAGUGUUGGAGGAUUCUCCUCCAUGUAAGUCUGAUACUAAUUCAAGAAAGGUCUGUGCUCAGAGAACUGAAGCAAAGGUAACAGAGAGGUCCAUGACAAAACCCAGUAAUAUUUCUGUGAACAAGAACGAGGAAAAUGAAGAUCACAGGGUGUUGAAGGGAUCAGCUAAGGGGGAAGAAUCCAACCAAGUCAAACAGAAGAAACCUGAAGAACUUGCUUUUGAUCUUGAUAAUGAAAUUGGGUUGGUUCCAAUCCACUCCGGUAGUCAGUAUAGUAAUCCAAGCAUUUCUUCUCCUUAUGGAUCUUCGUCAGAUAGGAUCCACUGGAACAGCCAACUUUCACCUAACAAUGCUGUCAGUGUCCAAUUGUCACUUUCAUUUUCUUCUCAGGAUGUAGACCUCCAGUUCGGCCUAAGUAAACAAACAGAUGACAAGGCUGAACAGUAUUGCUCAAAUCCAGGGUAUGGAAGCAUGGAAUUCUCAGCUAUGGCAAAGAUUGCUCAGAAGAGCCGAAGAACUGAACCUUAUGGACAGAACCCAUUAACAGAAAAUGAGCAGAGGUUGGGCUUCCCUGUCAUGAAGACAUAUUCCAGACUUCUUAUGUCAAGGAGAAGACCAGUGACAAAUGAAGAAAGAGAGAGAGCAGUUCAGGCAGCCAAAAUGUUCCAGUCUGAAAACCCUUUCUUCAUGGUCAUCAUGAGACCAUCUUAUGUUUAUAAGGGAUUUGUUUUGAAAGUACCAUCCAGUAUCAUCAUGAAAUUUCUAACAAUGAAAAAGGAAAAUGUCAUACUACGAGUUUCAGAUGGAAGAAUGUGGCCUGCCCGGUGCAUUUUGAGACAAGGUAUGACUUGGAUAAGUAAAGGUUGGGCUGAUUUUGCUUUGGAUAAUAAUCUUGAAGAAGGAGAUUGUUGUGUCUUUGAGCUCACUAAGACAAACGUCAUUGAGAUGCAAAUUUCUAUUUUCCGUGUACUUGAAGAUGUGGUGCCACCAAUCAGACUUGCCAAACAUUUUUUUCAGCUUCUGUGAAACUUUUUCUGCAGCACUAGGCUCAAAAUGAAUUUUUGAGUUUUACAUCCUCUAAUAUGGUUGUGAGGGUUAGUAUCAACUUUUGUACAAACAUGAAUUUAGAAUCAGCCAAACAAUCAAUAGAAAUACUGUUAUAACAGUCAUGGAUUCAGAGUGUGAUUUGUGAGCUUUGGAGAACACACAGAUGGCUGUUUGGGUGAGGUGAGGAAGGUUGAGAUGUAAUGCUCAUUGAUUUUAUCAGUGGUUGUAAUUCUGUUAGAGCAUCCUUUUGGUAA